GGAUCCACUUUCACUUUGGGAAAAGCAUCAACAAAUAUUAUAAAGUGUUUUUAAAACCUGUUCAAGUUUAUUUUAUCUGAAUUUACUAUUUUCUAUUGAGUAACCACGUGAUUGCAUUUUAGAAUAACAAUGAAUAAUGGGGAAAGAUGUUACAGAAAAACUGAAAAAAUACAUUAAAGAAGAUCGACCUGGCAAAUUUAAGUCAUAUGUGAGGAAACGCAGAAUAGAUGUUUGUGAAAUAUGUCUUGAAAAAGAACAAUCUUUGUUACAUUACAGCUGUAAAUAUGGGCAGGAUAUAAUAUUCAGAUACUUGAUUAAAAAGGAUGUAAAUGUUAUACUCCAGGAUAGUAAUGGGAAUACAGCUUUACACUUAGCUCUAAAACGUGCUUUGAAAUCAACAGCAAAUACAGUGUAUACUUCUAUUAUUCUACCUCUGAUUGAGAAAUGUCCAGAUUUAUUGGAAGUAGAUAAUGAAGAUGGGAUAUCAUGUAGAAACUUGUUGGACAAGCUUGUGAAGAAAAAGCAGCAUCAUGAACACAAAGAUCAGCCUUCGUUUUACAAGUCAGAGGAGGAGAAUGAAGCAGACGACUGGCAAGAUAAACUUGCUGAUGAAUUACGAUAUGAACAUGAUGACUAUACAGGCAGAUAUCACAGUGAUAAAGAUGAAGAUUCUUAUGCAGAAGGUUAUGAUGAAUGGGCAGACAGACUAAGGCAUGAAUAUCAUAUGAAGCAUAGAUACAGUGGACAUCACCCUAAAAAACAUGAGGAGACAGCCUCAUCCAGUCAAUCCAAAGAACAAAAUGACAAUAAAGAAAAGCUUGAAGACAUUAGAGAGAAAAUGAGACAAAAAUAUGAAGAAAAUCAGAAAAGAGAUAGAGAGAACAGGUUCUUACUUAAAAGUAAUAACUACCUGAAAAAUAUCACUGCUAUAGGUCUAAUGUCUCAUGAAGGGGAAAUAAAAUUUAAUGACGUGCCGUGGCCUUUUGACAGUGAUGUUAAAGAGAUAAAAAAUGUCAUGUUUCAGUCCGUGUUAUCUGCUGGUGAAAAAUAUAAGAAACGUUUACGUGAGGAACAAGUUCGAUGGCAUCCAGAUAAAUUUCAACAAAAAUAUGGUAAACAAUUACAUGAAAAAGACAAACAUAAAAUCAUGGAAAGAGUGAAGGAAAUAUCACAGGAACUAAACAGACUUAAUGAUUUACUUUAAUUAAAGAUGGUGGAACUCUAGACAAGGAAGUGAAUUGCAACCUGAUGUUUUCCAAGUUGGAGGGCAAAGACCAUGGUUUUUGUCUCGCCUGCUAUGAAAGUCACGGAAAGCGAGACAUAGGGAUUCCUUUUCCGUCGACAGUGACAGCGGUGGCGUCAACAAUUGUUAAGUUUUCUGCUUAAGUUAGUUUGAUGGGAACUACCUGUGAUAGAUCAUUGAUAUUUAAUAUGAAGUUGCAUUACUAUCAGUACAUAUCAUUUUGUGGCCCUGGUCCCUAGGACAUGGUCUAGUGACUUUGAAUUAAUAAGCAAUUUUCAAUGUUAAGUUUUCUGCUUGAGUUAGUUUGAUAGAAUCUACUUGUGAUAGAUAAUUGGUAUAUUGUAUGAAGUUGCAUUACUAUCAGUACAUAUUUGUUUGACGACUAAUUUGAGGCUCUGCCCCCUAAGGUCAUGGUCUAGUGACUUUGAAUAAAUUAGCAAUUUUUCAAUGUUAAGUUUUCUGCUUAAGUCAGUUUGAUAAGAACUACUUGUGACAGAUCAUUGAUAUUUUGUAUAAAGUUGCAUUACUAUCAGUACAUCUCAGUUUGUCGACCAUUUCUAGGCCCAGCCCACAAGAUCAUGGUCCAGCGACUUUUAAUGAAUAAGCAAUGUCAAUGCUGUCCAUCAGAUUGUCUCUUUCUGAAUUUUAUGUGGACAGGCGAGACAUAUUUCUGUGUCAACAGUUUAUAUUCUUUACUUACAACUAAAAUUCAUUAAUAUACAUGUACAUGUAGUGGAAAAACUAUAGAUACUAUGUAUAUUGUGAACAUCAAAAUCAAGUAAAAUCUACUAAUCUGUACAGUGGAAUUGUAAGUCAUGACAGUGCAUAGAAUCACAACAAAAGUUUAGAAAUUAUCUAGUUAGAUCAUCAAAGUUCUGAACUAGAUAUGGGAAUAUUUUGCAGUGAACAGGAAUACUGAAACUUUUGUAGUGAUACUAAAUGGUAACUAAACAUUCUCUAAUUUUUUUAACUAUUUUUACAUUUCCCAACCGAUUUUAAAAAAAUUGUUCUCCUCACUAGAGAAAUAUCUGUUGUCGGCAAAUAAUUGGUCGAAAUUUAAUUAUGACGUCAAUUUUUCUUGGUUUCUUCUGAAUUUCCUAUUGUGACGUCAUGAAAAAAGGUGACAAUGCCUGAUGACGUCACAUAUAAUGAACACAACUUUCUGCAAAUUUUUGAAAAGGAAGGAUAAAAUCAUUAGAGAAACAGAUUCCACCGCUAUAACUCGUGUAUUACGAUAUUUUUACACUCUCAAC